GUCGUCGCGCGCACACGGCAAGUCGCGCGCGGCCCGAGAGGACUGGAGCCCUAUGGAGCCCCCGUCGUUCCCUGCCAACGGGCUGUUCACCGUCAGGGCGGCACCCGGGAGCGACGCGACCCUCGUCCUGCCUGUUCCUACCGGCUCACCACCGUUCAACUAUCAAUGGAGUCGCGCUGGAGCGUCGUUAGACGAACGGUUCAGGGCGACGGAUGACGCGGGCGGUGUCCGGUUGACGGUAUCUGCAGCACGGACCGGAGAUACCAAUGUGUACACGCUACAAGCUAGUAAUGCAGCCGGGAGUGACACGAGUCGAGUCCGGCUGGAAGUGAGUGCAGAUGAAGCUCCCACGGGAGAGGAUCCCCCAACCUUCUUGCGACGUCUGCAAGACCUUACUGUGAAGGUCGGAACGAGGACACGGUUUCUCGUUGAGAUCGUCAGCUCUACUGAGUGUAAGGUGACAUGGUUCCGCAACGAGCGACGCUUGUUGGAAGCAGAGCGGGUGGCUCUGGCCCGCGAUGGCAACUUCUGGUGUGCCGAUGUAGCGGCUGUCAGCGUCGACGAUGCUGGCCGCUGGACCUGUACUGCUGAAAACGCCGGUGGCAGGGCCAGCUGCUCCGCGCACCUUAAUGUGCUUGUACCGAAGGCGUACAAGCGGCCUGAAUUCGUCGAGGAGCUGCGAGCACUCCUCACGGAGCAGGGGACUGUGUCACUCGAGUGCAAGGUGGUGGGAGUACCCACUCCCGUGCUGAGGUGGUUCAAGGACAGUCGCGAAAUAAAGGCAGGAGAUGUAUUUGCCCUCACGGCGAAUGCUGAGGACCCUACGUCGCUCGGCACGUACACCUGUGAGGCCGUCAACUGCAUGGGCAGGGCCUACUCCUCAUCCAAGGUCCAUGUCGUCGGGCGUGGCAGCAGGGAGGGAUCUCUUAGACCUAGCUCCAGCAGCUUAGCUCCAGAGCCGCCUCCGAUCUUCACGAAGGAGCUGGAAGACCAGUUCGUGAGGAUAUGUGAGCCUCUGACCCUUGGCUGUCACAUCGUGGUGCCGCCCUGGCCGCGCAGCGUCGUCUGGUACAAUAAAGAAGGGAAGGUGGAACCUAGCGAGAGGUACCAUGUUUUGGAAGACGGUGCUGGCGGGUAUCUGCUGGAAGUGCCGAGUGCUGAGUGGCCGGACGAGGGAGAAUGGAAGUGCGUGGCCACCAGCACUGGUGGUCGCAUCGGGAUCUCCACCUGCUACGUUACCAUGGAUGUACCCAAAAAUUAUCGAAAGCCGAGAUUCAUGGAGAACUUACAAGCAGUGCUGACAGAAGAAGGCCUCGUGUCCUUCGAAUGUAAAGUUGUGGGCUUCCCCACUCCAGUCCUAAGCUGGUUCAAGGAUGGUCAGGAGUUAAAGCCAGGAGAUGUAUACCAACUCACAGGCACCAACUCCUUAGGAUCCUACUGCUGUAUUGCAAGGAACUGCAUGGGACAAGCCAGUAGCUCUGCUGAACUAACCGUGGAGGACAUUCAGAACCAGCUAAACGAAGAAGAGAAGCUACAACUAUUCUCCAAGAACCAGGCUCCGAAGUUCAUUCAGGGUUUGAAGAGCGUUGAAGCGAAAAUUGAUGAGCCAUUCCGUUUUACAGUUAAAGUCGCCAUUCCGCCUGAACCGUCGGUACUUUGGUACCGAGACGACCAGCCGGUGGACGAGUCAUCUCGAUGCCAUCACGGCCGGGAAGACCGUGGAGUGUUCUACCUGGACAUCCAAAGUCUCGAAUUCCUCGACCAAGCCGAGUGGAAAUGUGUGGCCAUGAACGAUUUUGGACACAGCGUCACCUCAUGUUUCCUUAAAUUGAUCAUACCUAGACAUUAUAAGAAACCCAGAUUCUUAGAGAAUCUUCAAGCCAUACUAUCUGAUGAAGGUGCGGUGAACCUUGAAUGUAAGGUCAUCGGUGUCCCACAACCUGUCCUUAAAUGGUACAAAGAUGGUGAGGAAUUAAAACCUGGUGACAUUCACAGAAUUAUAUCAGGACAAGACGGCACUUGUUGCCUGGGAACUUACACUUGUGAAGCGCAGAAUUGUAUGGGCAUUGCCGCUAGUUCUGCCUCGCUUUUAGGAUUUGACGAUUCGAUGAAAGCUAAAAAGAAGAAAGCAGAAGAACAAGCUUUACAAAGAAACUUGUCUCUUAGUACAAUUCACGAAGAAAGAACCUCACAGAUGUAUGAUACACCCGUUGGUGACGUCACCACCCUCGACGACAAAGGCGAAAUUUCUUUCUCAUUUGAUGGCAAAGAAGUGUCUGUUUCUCUUUAUGAAACUCCUGAUUUGACAGAAGAAGAAGCCUUACAAAUUGUAGAAAUGUACGCCGAUCAACUAUCAGAAAAUAUUACUGAACAUAAUGUAGUUGAACUUCCUCCAUUACGAUUUGUAAAAGAAACGUCUACAUCUGGUAAUUUAUUAAUGGAAGCGGUGAUUAUUGAUGUUUCGCCAGAAUAUUUUGUAUCUCCUGAUGAAGAUAUGCGUACAGAAGCUGACAUCGAUGAUAUUUCGAUAGCAGAUGAGAACGGUCCUCCUCAACUAUCACUCGAUCAAGAUAUAGAAAUUGGUGGAGAAGAUUAUUUGGAAAAAACAAUGGCAUUACUUUCAGAAGAAAAGUCAGAUUUAUCUCUUAAAUUCGGAAGAAAAAAGUCAGAUUCCCAAAGAAGCGCUGAUGACUUCUUCAGCUUGUCUCGUGACCAAUCAUUGUCAGAAGAAAAGAAAGAUGACGAUACUCAAGCAAUAUCUGAUCUACAAAGCUUUGCUAGUGCACACAGUUCUGGCAAACCAAAAUCAAAAUCAUCAAAACCAUCCGGAGAAGAUGGUCAAGAAUCCUCAGAACCAACGAAAACUAUUCUACUUAAGGAUGAAGCUAUGAAACACUCUUUGGAUGCUGAGCCGUCUCCUGUUGUAAAAUCUAAAAGAGAGCGUCGCACAAGCCGUAGCUCCAGGAGAUCUAGCUCUGGCAGCGAGAAGUCUGUAAGUAAAUCGAGAGAAGAAGCUUUAAGGAAGAAAGAAUCCAUAGAAAUGGAAGUACCGACGAAACCUAAAUUAACUGAUGAUGAAUUUAAAAACAAAAUGAUCGACGUUAGUGCCUCAUUGUCGAAAGUAAUAAAUGAUGUUCAAAUAAUUGAAAGGGAUAUAAUACUUAAAUCAGAACUCAUGUCGUCAGCUGCAACUGCUUCUAGAAGUUUAGAAAUUAUUAGUAGUCUAAUAUCCCCCUUGUCGGAAAUACAUAGUAUCACAGAUGCUGCUAAAGAGUCAGUUUCAGAGUCUAAGGAAGUCAGCAGUACAUUAUUCAAUAGCUUGCCCCAGCCACUUAAAUCUCUCCAGCAAUCACUAACUAUCAUUGAAAAAUGUAUAGAUAUGGAAAGUGACAGUAAAACUCUUGUCAAAAAAACUUGUGUUGCAUUUAUUGAAACUUGUGGCAGUGAAGUGCAAAAAAUUAUAUCAGAUAUAAAUUCGGUAACUGCUACAGAUUACCUACUAACUGAAGACAAAAUUCUAACAGAAAUUGAAUCAUUGAAUAAUGAAAUGAAUACUGUUAUUAAAUUCUCGGCAGACACCAUAAAAGCUCGCAACUUGUUAAGCGAAGCCAGUGAAAUAAAAGUUGACGAACCUUCUCAAGAAGUAAAACAUCUCAGAGAUACGCAAAAAGCGGUAUUUGAACUAAAAAGUCCUCUUAUGUCUCUUCUCUGCAUAGCUGAAAGUGCUGAUAGUGGAAAAAUUGUAGAUAUUGCUAAAGUUCGCAAUAGCGAAGUCAUACUCAAUGAUAUGUCUGCAUCUAUACAAGAUCUGCAAACAGCUUUGGAGCAAAUCGAAACACUAUCAGUAAAAGAAUCAACUACGUCUUUACAUAAAUACAAUACUGAAAUUAUUGAAACAGUUAUGGAAUCUAUUGUUAAAUUGAGAAAUUCUUUUGAACAACUAUCCACGGAAUCUGAAGACGGAGAUAAAGCCGUUCUGAAACAAGCAGUGGCGUCAAUAACAGAGAAUCUCAAUAAAAUAUCAUCUCAAAUAGAAGUUUUUGAAAACAAAGUAGGCACUUUUGAUAUUUUACAAAGUGAAAACAAGUUAGAUGCAUUACAAAAAAUGGCGCAAAUUCUUAUCGCAUUAGAAAACAAUCUACCAAAACUGGAAUCCAUGCCAGAAGUUAAGAAUCAUAUGACUGUGUUCCAUAAAAACUUAACCAAAGUAUUAGAAAAUGUAAUAGAAAAUAACGAAUCUAAAAAAUACUUUACUCUCAUGGAAAUCUGUGAUGCUGUGAAUAGAAUUAAUGCUUCUAUUAAGAGCCUUGAUGCUGAUAAUGUUUUGCCUUUAGCUAGCCUUAACAAUACCUUAAGAAUAAUCCAAGAUCAAUUCAUUACAAACGUAUUUGAUUCUGAGCUCAAUUGUGCUCUUCUUACAAACAUUGCUGAUACCUUAGUUGGAAUACAAGAAUGUAUAAAUACAGCCGAAGAAACUAGUGUGCAAAUUGAUUCCGAGCACGUUCAAGAUAUUGCUUCUCAUAAGUACAACGAAACCAAAGCUAAAAUUGUUAUCGAACAUAUUGAUCAUGCAAUAGCAGCCAUUGAAAAUAUAAAGGCCAUAGAGUCGACUCAAGACUUAAAGACAAGCAUUGCUCCUACAUUGGAAAGCAUUUGUCCCGUUUUAGAAGAACUCAAAAGAAGUGUUGCCACUACUAAAGCUGAUGGAAUAGAUGAAGAACAUAUUUCUGAUUUUUCAGAUAUUUCAUCGUUUGCCCAAACCUUUGCUACACCACUUUGUGAAUUAAAUCAAAACCUUAUUGUCUUAAAUCAUCAAAUAAUUGAAAAUAUUGAAAAUCUUAAGCAAAACAGUGAAAUAAUGAGUACAAUCGCUGAACCUCUUCACGAAUUACAUACAACAUUAGAAAUCUUACAGCAGGAUGUAAUUUCUCAAUACGGUGAAGAUGUUGUACCGUAUGACGUCAGCGUCAACAUGGCUAGUGCAGUUCAAAAUCUGCAAAGUUGUAUAGUGAUGAUACAGGAACAAGCGGGUGUAGAAGUGGUAGAUGAGAUGUCCACUCUAGAAGAUAUAUCAGGAAUAAAGACAACUGCAGAAACUAUUGCAUCUGAUCGUUUGGUGCUACCAGCUACCGAAGAGACCGCUGUGGGACAGACAAUUCUGCCAUUCAAUCAAGAAUUGCAAACAACGGCUACAGCUCAAGCGCUACAAACGUUGAAUGAACACAUCACUGUUUUACAAAACCCAGAAAUUAUUGAUGCGCUGGACACGUUAUCAGAAGUUAGUGAUUAUUCUAGCUUGAAAUCAUUUGUUAUAGGUUUAGGUGAACUUCACUCUGGAAUUGAAGAAGUACUACAUCCCCUUCUUAUGGAAGGAUCUAAUGAGAUAACUAAUUUAAUAAAUCCUUCAAAACUCAUGGCUAUUGCUGAACCAAUGCAGGAGCUACAACAAAGUUUGUCGGUGUUAGACACAAGUAACAUUCCAAUUUAUGAAAAUUUAUUAGAAAUGCCGACGGAAAGAAUACAUUCCGUGAUUCAGAACGUAUCUGAAUUUAAAGAGCAUUUAGAUAAGUGUAUGCUCGCUAUGUUCCCUGCUAUGCAUACUGCUGAUAGUACUGUCGAAAUAGCAAAUAAAGUCGGUGCAUUGAGGGAAGUUUGUGAGCAUUUAAAAGACAUUAUUGAGACUACCAAAGGCGAUGAGCAAACUGCUGUCCCAGAAGAGGUCAAAGCUUUAGAACGGACAGUAGAAAGUUUAUUAGAUGCCACUGAUGUUUCUAAAGGAAUCAAAAUUGAUCAAGUUAAGUGUAUUGCAGAAGAAUUAUACGAAAAAGUGGGCGCAGUGCAAGAGGAGCUUAUUCAAUUUACUCCACAAGCUCCAGAAAAGGUUGCACAAGAAGCGAAAUUAAUACAAACCAUUGAUGAAGUCCAAAACAAUAUCGCAGUAUUGGAACAAUAUGAUUUUGUGGACCUUUCUCGUGUAUCAGACUUGACUUGCACUUCUCCACAAAUGGCAGCUGAAAUCGAAUCUGACUCUUUGAUGCUAAUGGAAGAUAUAGUAGACAGUGCUGUGAACGUUGUGCAAGAUUCUACGCAAGAUAUGCCAAUUGCUGACCAGAUGAUUGUAGAAGACUUCUAUAAGACCUGUAAAAGUGAAUUUACCAUCAUGCGCUGUCUUAUAACUAAAGCUACAUCUCACAAAAAGAUAAUUAGAUUACUGCAACAAUUAAACUCUUUGCAAUGUACAAUUAACGACUUUAAAAUAAAAAAAUCUGAAUUAAACUUGACAGAUGAUGUGAAUGGAUGCUUGGCUACAUUCCUUAUCCACGCUGAAGAUUACUUACAAAAUGUUCGAACUUGUCUUGAAAAAAUCAUCAAAUCUCAAUCAAGCCUUUUGAUCGAUGCUCCUUUAUCUAAGUUUGAGAAUUCUGCUCUAAUACUUCAAGCAGUAAAAGAAACAAAACAUGAUGAGCAAAUUAUUGAAACUGUAAACAAGUUUGUUCAAAUUUUAGAGACUGCUAAACCAUCUUUACAAUUUGUACAAGCUGACAUUCUCGAUGAAAUCAGACGCCCGAAAACUGAUGUGCUUGAAGAUAAUACUUUACCUAAAAUGAUUGAGGAAUUUGCAACGCACGUAGAAGUACUGAAAAAGAAUAAUAAAGAUAUCAUUACUAAAGAGAUACUUGAUAAAGUUUCAAAUUGUAUCGAGAAACACAAUGACUAUAAAGAUGCAAGUGGUACAGGCAAAGCAUUGAUAGUACUCAAAUGUUUGUCUGACUGUACGGAUAUUUUACAAGAAGAAUUGUUAGAAGUUAAAAUACCAAAACACAAAUUAGAGGAAGGUCCUCUGAAAGCAGUUUUAACGGAAAUGUUGGAGCCACUCCAAGCGCUACAUAAUCAAUUAACAAAUGUUCAAGAACAAGUACUUAAAGGUGUUGACGAAGACUCAAUAUCAGUCGACAUAACGACUACAGAGUCUCUGGUUCAAACUAUGACAGAAAAACACAAAGAAAUGAUGGAGAGGAUGGAAACGGAGGAAGCUAUUGCCAAUGAAGAGAUAGCCCUCAUCAUGGAAGUAGACAAAGAGAUACACUCUAUAAAUGACAGCUUGCGUUCCAUUGAAGGCGUCCAUGUAGCCCAGGUUGUAAAACAAAUUACAAAACCCGUGGAAGAUAUUGAAAAGUCUAUGCAUGUAAUUUUGAGUUCAGAUAAAGCUAACAUUUGCAGUGAAGAUAAACUUCCCACAGAUGUCAAUUCGAAUAUUGAUUCUUUGGAAAGAGCAAUAGACCGUUUCAUAAAUAUCGAAAUGGAUUUAUUGGUCGCAUCUGGUACGUUUUCUGAUGCCGAUUUAAAUGAAAGUUUAACAAUUGCAUCUGAACUACAAGGACUAUUGGCACUUAACCAAGAAGAGUUGGCCUACUCAAAAAUAAUCGAAAUAAAAAACAAAAAAAUAAACUCUCUUAAAGCUAUUAUGUCGAAAUUCGAUUGGCAAAGUACAGAUAUGUUCAUUGGAAAGAAUCAAUUUGAAAUUAAAAACAUGAAGCAAGUAUUUCUUGCGGCUUAUCAGCUCUUGGUCGAGUUGAAGAAAAUUGAUAUUUUGGAAAAUAAAGAAAUAAAAAAAGAAAAAGCUAAACAAAUUAUUCAGCAUAUUGAUCAAUAUAUAGAGUUGAUCGAAAUAGUUGAAGAAAUAUCUGCUAUCAUUAAAAUUGAUGACAUAAAAGAAACCAAGAAUAUUGCCAAAGAGCUUCGAGAGAGUAUUGUAACAUCGGAAAUGAUUGCGGAAGGAGAGAUAAGUCAUGAAAAAAUUACAGAAGUUCGUCAAGAACAAAAUAAGUUAGCAAAGAAACUUCAAACAGCACUGUCUGCAUUACAAGUUCAAGUCUUUGAACGUGCUCAAGAAUUAGCACCUGAAAUUAGUACGGAAGUUUUGCAGCGGAUUGCUCAAGUUACUGCUCAAUUACAAGCAGACUUAGUUGCUGUUACUGGUAUCCGAGUAGCAGUACAAGCACCUCAUGAAUCUAUAGAUGAGAAUGUUAAAGCCAUUGAAUCUGUGGAAGACCACUCUGCCGCAGCCACCUCAGAAUUAGCAACAGCAGCUGAGGGAUCCGAGUCAACUAUUCUAGAACAAACCGGAGUAGUUGACCAAUUAUCACCUUCGGAGCAAUUAGUUGUAACUACAGAAAUGUUGAGUAAGACAAUUGCUGAGACUAAGGAAGUCGUCACCUCAGAAGAAGUUAAACCCAUAUCAGUGGGAACAGUAACUGAGAAUAUUGUACCUGAAACCGAACAAGCUUUAGCUGUUGAAGGCAUAGAAGCUGUAGUCAUUGAACAAACUGAAUCCGUUGCAGUGAAAGAAGUUCCCAAAGAAGAUGCAAAGUUAAAUGUAUCUGAAGCAGAUCAAGUUCAAGAAGUAAAAAUUACUGAGCCGUUGAAAACGGAGUCCGUGAGUGCUGUUGUCGUUGAAAAUCUUGGACCAGAGCUGCAUGAAGUUGACGAGAAUAAGCUAGCUGAUGAUGAACCAACUCAAACAGCAGAGAUACACGAAGCUCCUAAGGCAACCAUAGAAAUGUUAGUUCAGCAUAUAGAUCAAUUUAUAUCUGAUGAUUUAACAGAAGUGAUAAAUGAGCUAUCGAACGUCAUUGAUGUUGAAGAAUUCAAACAAUCAAUUGGUAUUGCUAAAGAACUGCGUGAGAACAUCAUUGCUUCUGAAGUCGAAUUAAAAGCAGAAACAAGUGAUGUUCUAAAGGAUGAAGUUAGUACACAGUAUGCAAGUUUAGCUCAAAAACUAUAUAAAGCUCUGUCGGGUCUUGAAAAUAUGUCAUUAGAAACUGCAGCUGAAGGCACUUUAAUCAACAAAGUUGCGUUACAACGUGUAACCGCAGUCACUGAAAAUCUUCGAACUGACCUGGUGGCAGUAACUGCAACUCAAUACAUUCUUGAUCAUACUAAAGACGCGAAACCUGAUCAAAUUAACACCAAUGUCGCUCAAGUUGAGGUUUCUGAGUUUGAAGCUGGUGAAGUAUCUUCUAUUGAGAAAGAAGUUCUAAGUGCAUCCAGUGAAGUUGCUGCAGAAUUAAUUUUGAUUGAAGACAAAGCUGCAAUUGCUGAAGGACAGCAAUUAAUUCAGGAAACGGAAAUAGGAGAUAAUACCGAGAUUGCCGCGCCUAACGAAAUUAACAAUGAACUCGAUAAAGCAAUAGCUGUUACAGAUGGGGAACCUAUUUUUGAAGUACCAAUUGAAGUUAAAGCUGUGUCGGUAGAACAUGCAGCAAUAAUAAUAGAAGAACCUCUCGAAAAACCAGCUACAGAAACACUGUUACAAAACAUCAUUGAAUUCCUCUCAGACGAAAACAUUAAAACUAUCGAUCAAAUAUCUGCAAUCGUGACUGUUGGCGAGUUAAAACAAUCGGUAGUUGUCGCGUGUGAUUUACGUAAAAAUAUUGAAAAUAUCAACGAAAACAUUACUUCAGAUAAUAUAGAUAAUCUUCUCAAACUUCAAAACGCUCUAUCUGUAGUGCAAGUACUUUCUUUAGACGCUACCAAUGAGCUAAGUCUAGUAGUGGAAAAAGAUAAGUUAGAACGAGUUAUUGCUUCUGGCACUGACUUAGCAUCAGCAAUUGCAGUUGUUAUCUCUCAAGUUCCUAAACAACAAUAUUCUUCAGAUGAUCACGUUAUAGUUGAAGAGACUAUGGUCGUAAACACAGCUACUGCUGAUGAAAAGGAUAUUUCCAAACAAGAUAAAAGUUUAGAAGGUGUUGUUCCUGUUGUAACUGAAGAACAAUUGAAGAAUGCUGGAGAAGAUGAAGUUCAGACUGUAGCGAAAAUUACUGAUAUACUUAAUGAAUCAGUGGAAGAAAGUCAACAGACAUUGAAAGAAGCUGAGUCUAUUCAUAAAUCUAUAACAUUACAUUCUACCGCCAAUGAGGAACAAUCUAAAGAUUCAGAAUCACGGGUUACUGAGCAUAUUGAAGUGAUACAGGAUAAACUAAUGCAAAAAGGUGACAUUUCUGAAGAAUUAUCUGAACUACCUGUUAUGAUAAAUGAAACCAUAUCGAUAGAAGAUAAAUCUGGUCUCACACCGAAGGUAAUUAAUAUUGACACGGAAAAUCCUACAUCGACCCAAGCUAAAAACGCUACUGAAACCGUAAUUUCUGAAGUCACAGAACAGGUUGUUUUAAUUACUAAGGAGGAAGAGAAACCAGAUGAGGCAGUUUUGCAGCAAGAAAUAACUAAUGUAAGAAAAAAGAUUGAUGAAGCACAACCUUCUAUAGAAGACGACAAAUUAAUUGCUUCUAUUACGGAACAAGUAGUCAAAGAAGCAAAAGGUCCUAUAGAACAACAAAUCAGUGAACCAGAAAAGCUUGAACAAUACGUUAUUGAUAUGUAUAAGCCUUCUGAAUAUAUAGAAGAAACCAAACAAGAAGAAGAAAAAGCUGAUAGUACACAAAUAUCACACAAGCAGCCUGAUGACUCCUCUAAAAUCGUGAAAGAAAUCGAAUCAACCGAUGCAAUAUCGGCUUCUGCGAUCGAAACAUCAAAAAUUUUGGAACAGACUGACAUCGAUAAACUUCUUCCGACUGAUGCUGAAGAAAAACAAAUUGCGAGUGCCACAAUUUUGAAAACAAUUAUUGAAACUGCUAAAGUAACAGAAACAUCACAAGUUGAGCCUGUAACAGAAGUAAAGCCAUCUGUAAAGGUAGUCUGCGAAGAGCAGGAACCUCAAAAUGAUUCUAUAGCUAAAGGAACGGCAACGGUAAGUGAAACAGUUUCAAAUCCGGAAGAAAUUCUCGAUUCUGUUACAAGCUCAGAUAUAGUACAGUCGCAGGUUUUAGGGGAGGAAAACGUGGUUACGUUAACAGAAAAUAUGGUGGAUUCACUAGACCAACAACCUGAAUUACCUGAACCCUUGGCAGCACAACCAGUCGAUGAAGGUCUUAAAAUAGUAGAAGAAACUAAGCCUCAAACACUAGUAUCUGAAUCAAUGCUCGAGGAAACACCAAUUUCUGGGACAGAGCCUGGAGUAACACAAGCGGUAAUAAAUAAUGAAGAGGGCACUGUUAAAACUUCUACAACUGAUACAGUACUUGCUCAACCUACAGAUGUUAUUGAAAUAUUGUCGGAAAUACUGAACUCUGAAGAUCAAAAACUUACAACUGACAUGGAGCUUUUAGAACAAAAAUUACUAGGAGAAGAAAUUAAACCAGAAAAUACAGAAGCACUGUCUAUUGAAAGUGAACUUAUUACUGAUACUGCGGUAGAAUUUAAACAAGCAGGACUAAAAGAGUUUGACAAAGAAAUUGGAAUAGAAUCUAAUCCACAACUGACUGAUGAUAAUGAAGAUACUAAGCCUAAUGAUCAACUACCUACAUCUGACUCCAAAUUGGCUGAAGAACUUAUUGACUUAGACAAACCUUUAUCAUCUGAUAUAGUUCUGGGUCUACCUGCAAUAGAAAAUAACUCAUCUCAAAUUGAAGAACAAAAACCAAUAGAACAAGAAAUUGAACGUAUGAAGACAGAAACGAUAGAUAGUCUGGCUAAUGAAAGCACGCAGAUUUCUGAUAAGGCCAUAGAAAUAAGGCAACCAGAGUUAGAAGAGUUCGGCAAAAAAGUUGUACUAGAAUCCCAACAGCAACUAACUGAUGAAAGUCCAGUACUUGAGGCUAACAAACAAUCACCAGCUUCAGAGACCAUACUGGUUGAAGAACAAACUGAAUUAGACAAACCUUUGUCAUCUGAUACAACUCUGACUCAAUCUGUAGAAGAAAGUAAGAUGUCUCAAAUUGAAGAACAAAAUAUGUUACAGCAAGAAAUGGAUAGUAUCAAACCACAAACGACAUAUAAUCUGACUAAUGAGAAUACGCAGUCUCCUAAAAUAGAGGUUGCGCAAGAGACUCAGCAGCAACUAAUUGAUGGAACUCAAGAAACUAUCGAACAAUUAUCAGGUUCUGAGGCCAAGUCAGCUGAAAAACAAACAUCAGACGUAAUUCCAGUUACUGAUGAUAUACCACUAACAAAUGAGGCUGUUUCGGAACUUAAGCAAGAAGAAGUUAUGCAAGCUAUUUCGACAACUGCUACAAUCCCAGCCACAACUGCAGAAGUAGUUGAACAAGACAUUAUGGAUGCCAAACCUGAGCAGAUAGAAUCCCUGAUAAUUGAGGGUGUACAGUCCUCAGAAAAUCCUCCAGAAGUGAAACAAUCAGAGGUAGAAGAAUUAGAGAAAUUAGUAACACUAACACCUCAAGAUCAACAAGUAAAAGAAGGUCCUGAAGUAGUAGUACAAACUCGUGAAAGCAAAUCUAUCACAGACAAAGAAGUUAUUAAAUCUGAUAAACUCCAGUCAACGGAUGCUGAAGAUACAAUCGCAAUCAGUGAUACAACCUCAAAAUCACUUCAAAGGGAAGCUGAACAACAACCAACAAUGAUUGCUCUCGACACCCUUACACAGACCAUUGAUAAAUUUUUGUCCGAUGAAAUAGCCAGUGUAGUCAAAAAAUUGUCAGAGACGUCUAACAACACAGAACUUUCUCAAUCCUUAGAAUUAGCCCAAGAACUUCACAAUAGUCUAGAUACUAGUCAAAUAAAGCCAGGCAAUAACCAAGCACAAUUAGUUCAAGACUUAAAUAGUUCCUUACUGACUUUACAACUAGUAGUACUAGAGAGUGUAGAACAACCAAAUCCAAUAAUCAGCAAAGAAGCAAUACACAAAAUUCUCGAUGUAGCGGAGUCGUUUGCCAGCCAACUCGAUGCAUUUCUAUCAAGCUCAAUGCAUCAGGAUGAUGAAUGUAUAGAUAUACCUAAUGAAACACAUGUGGAAGAGUCUGAACCCGAUCCUAAUGCUCAAGCCCUAAACAAAUAUGAGACAACUGAAACUGUAACGUCGCAGAUUCCACUUAAUCAGUCAAAUGCAGAUGCUAACACAUUUAUAAACAAUACCACAGACAAUGUUCCUGCAUCAGACGAGCAAACCAGGGACCUACACGAUGUGGAACUAAAUACCGCGACAGCAUCUUGCAGCGAGAUAUUAGAAACAUUACUUAUAGAAUCUGCUAAAACGAUAAUGAUUCCGGUAGUAGGCGAUGUUUUAAAUGAAGAUUUGCCAACGACACUCAAGUUGCUUAUUUCUGACAUGUCUGUUGUUCAUCCAGUAGUAGGCAAUGUUCCAUUUGAAGCAUCAAUAAAAAGGUCUUCGGAAGAAAUGCAAAUGUUGCAAAUAAAAGAAGAUACGCAUUUGUUCAUUAAUUCCGAAUCAAUUAAGCAAGCCAAUGAAAAUCUCAAAGCUGACGACGUAGAAUGUACCGAACCUAUAAAAACAUCUAGUUUCGAAAUUUUAACAAGCUUAAAAGAUGAAAUAGUAUUAGAUAAUAAAAAUGAAAAAUCCGACAAUAAUAUAGGCCAUAUUAAUGUCGAAAAACAAUUAGAUACUCAAAUAUUUGAGGUUACAGCUGAGAAAAGUACCAAAGAUGAUGUAAAAGUCUUAGAUCCAGUGAAAGACAGUGGAACAAAUACUGAUGCUUUUACAUUUAAAUCAGAAAGUAGACAAGAACAAGAAUUGAAUUUGACUGAUGAAGAAAAAGUAAUACAAACUAUCUCAAGGACUAUCAUUGAGGAAUACAAUGAAAACGAAUCAGAGUGGGUUUGCAAUGAGUCUCAAAUUAUACAGGGUGUAAAUGACACACCCUCUGAAAGCCUCGAAAGGACAUUAGAGGACGUAUCUUCCAAACAACAAACACAAGAAAAAACUGCUCUUGUUCAACACAUUAACGACUUCAUAUCAGAAGAAACAUCAGAUUUAGUAUUUGCCAUCUCAGCGUUGACAAACUCUCAGGAAUUUAAAGAGUCUAUUGAACUAGCAAAAUCUUUGAAAGAAAGUAUAGAAAUAAUUGAAGUGAGUGAGGAGCCCGGUUUAGUGGAAGAUGCUAAAGUAGAACAGGCUAAAUUAGCUCAAAAAUUACAAGAUGCUUUGGUAACGUUACACAAUAAGGCUUUGGAAAGUGCUGAAGAUAUUGGUUCGAUGAGUAAGCCCGAUGCUCUUCAAAAAGUUUCUGAAGUUAUCACACACUUGCAAGAAGAUUUGGAAAAGGCCAUCGUCAUAAUACCAGAAGUUCUUCAGACUGCAGAAACAGUUGAAGUUCCCGAUGAAAAAAAUUCAAUGAAACAACUAGAAGUAUUGCUUCAAGAAGUGACGGAUAAAAUUAAUAUUCCUACGGUUAGGGAAGUUGAAGAUACAGAAGCUUUACAAAACGCUUUGGAUGAAGUACAGACGGUGAUUAUUAAACUGAAAUGUGAUUAUGAUGGAGCUGCCAACGAUACCCUAAAUGAGACACUUGAAGAUUUAGAGUGCAGCGUGAGAAGUGUGCAGUUGCAAAUUAACGAAGACAGUCCGCCAGAACUACUUAAAGAUGCUUGUGCGACAUUACAGCUACUUGUCAACAAUAUGAGUGAAACUCAAGAAGUCCAGGCUGCCGAAACUCUAUCAGUUGAGGUAAAAAAUGAAAACAUUCUCGAGAAAUGUUCCAGUGAGUCAAAUGAAACAGUGGAACUCUUAGAGCAAGCUUGUAAGAUUGAUAUUAAAAAUGAAAGUUUAGCUAGUAUAGUAACCAGUUUAAAUAUUCUUAAAGACACCAUCAAAACACUCAAACUUAGUUUUGGAAGCAACGCUGAGGUUUUAAUCGAAAAGGGAGUUGAUGUCAUUCAAACUCUUGACCAGUUAGAAGACAAAGUAUUCUCGCUAGAAAAAGAACUGGCUGAAGUUAACCUCAGUACAGAGACUCGAGAUCAUAUACUCACAGCAGUUCACUCUGUUUACGGAAGUAUAUCUAAUAUGCGAGGUACAAUGUCAAGCAUACAAAAGAGAUACAUGUUUGAAAACUAUGGUAAACCGUCAGAAACAUUAUUAAAAUCCAUUAAAAAUAUAUCAGUAAUAUUAGAUAUUGAAAAAGGAGACCAAAAUAGUUGGAAAUCGUUUACGAAAUCACUUCGUAAAGUACUGAAUCAUUUCGAAGAUAUCAAAUUUUACAUUAAUCUAGAUAAAACAGCCAGAUUGCCAAGCGAUGCAGCGUUUACUAAAAUCAUACUAGAAGAGUUAAAAAGUAAUAUCUGUGAAGUACUGGUACCAAAAGCGUCAAUAUUAGACGAAGAAACAGUUAACAAAGUAAACGAUCUUAUAGAAUGCGUUAACAAAUGCCUCAUAAACAUGGAGUCGAAGUCAACUCUAGAGGUUAAAGAAAAAAUACCGGUAUUCAAACAAAUUUCAUCUGAAAUGCUUAAAGUUACAGAAUCAAUAAAAAUGAAAAUAACUGAUAUUAGCAAACAAUCAACAGCUAUAAAACAAGAGCCUGAACCAUUACAACAACAAGAUAUUUCAUUAGAAAAAGUACACCAAGAGCAAGAAGUAAAAAAUGUGACUACUGAAGAAAAGUCAGAUGUGAAAUUUGAUGAUACUAGUAUAUCUCAGACAAAUGGAGCAACGGAAAAGUCUCAUAAAGAACAGGACACUGUGAGUCAAACUGUUGUCGAAGAAACCAGUACUAAAAAGACUAAAGUACGCAAAACUGUGAUGAUUCAGGAGAUCGGUAUAAAUGAGAUCCAACAAGUAGCUACCGAAUUAGUAGAUGAAAUAGCUGCACAAGCUAUUGUAGCUAUACAGAAUUUGGAAGCACUAAGUAUGUUAGGUAAAGAAACAGUAUUACCUGAAACUGAAGUACAAGAUGUUGAAGAUGAGAUUAUUCAAAACGCUGAAAGUAUUGAAAUGAAUGUAGAGGAAAGUAUUGCAAUGAAAGAAUCAACCUUAGCUACUGUUGGAGCUAACGAAACUAUAGCCGAAACAGACCUUCAAGAUUAUCACAUUAAAUGUACAGAAGUACAAGAAGUAGAUAAACCUUGUACAACACAAGGUGAACAGACCAAAGUUGAGGCUGCGAUUUCAACUUCUGAUAUCAAGACUGACAUGGAACAGGAAGCUACGCCACAAAAGAUAUCUGAAGAAGAGUUAUCUGGAAACAAAUCUCAAAAAUAUGUAGAGGAUAAACAAGAGCCAUUAUCAUCAGAGAAAGUUCAAGUAAUAAAGGAAAGUGAACAAGACUUGAGUAAAGAAAUCCAGGAAGAAGAAGACGAACUAUCUACAAAAGAUAGAGACAUGGAAAAGCUUUAAGAAGAAGUUCAAGGUCCUUCAACAUCAGGAACUCAAAGCUCUAAAGUUUCUGUUACCACGGAAGAACAGAGUAAGAAAGAUGAGGAAGAAAUUAUAACAAGCCAAGAAUAUAAAGUGAUCCAAGACCAAACAGAGGCAAGAUUACAAUCUAUAGAGAGUUUUACAGAAACUAAAGACACAGACAUUCCGAAAGACGCCCCGGGUCAAGUUGAAAUUGAUGAUAAGAAUAAAGAAUUAGUUAAGAAAACUGAGGAAAAGAUAUCGGAAACGAAGACAGAACAGGAAAUAGAAACUUUAACGCCAGAAACUGGUAUAGAAUCAAAGCAUAAACAGGCAACUAAGGCUGAUAAGGUUCAAGAAGAUGAAGUUUCAGAAAAAAAUACACAAGACACACUGGAAGCAGAAACCACAGAAUCUAACAAGAAUGAGCAAGCUGAAACUGUUCUAAAGGAGAAUGUGGAAGAAGAAACUAAGGUAGAUGCAGAACAAAAGCUGAGAGUAAAUGAAGAAAAAUUAAAAUCAGAAACUGAACAAAAAGAAACAAAGAAAGUCGACCAAGUAGAAUUGGUAGCUGAACAGAAAGAAAAGGUAGAUAUUGAAGUGAAACAUGAUAAUGAAGAAAAAAGGCUGGAAGAAGUUCAAACAGAAGUGUCAAUGGAGAAAGAAGAAGCUGAGAAGUUAGACUCAACAGAAAUACCAAAAGCCGAAAAAGAACCGUUAAAGCCAUCUGACUCAUUAGUAUCAACUGAACAAAAAUCAGCUAAAUUAUCAGUCGAACAACAACUAAAGGAAGAGGUAAAAGGUAAAGUAGAAACAGAAGUUACACUAACAACGGAUAUAAAAGAAGAAAAGAAACUAGAAGUAGAAAAAGAGAAAGUAACAAUGGAAUCUGAAAAGGUCGAAAAGAGAGAAAAAGAAAAAAUAGCAAAAGCAGAGGAUGCAUCAAAAGAAACUGAGAAAAAAGUAAAGUCAGACACCCAAAAGCAUGAAGAAAACCCAAUACUCGAAGUAGCAGAGAAACAAACAGACGUAAAAAAUCAAGAAGUAACAGACGAAUGUCAUGCAUUCAAUGUAGACAAGACAGAGGAAGAUAAAGCAAACACGGAUGCGGAAAACAAACAAAAAGAUAAAGAUGACAAACUCAAACUAGAAAAAGAACAAAAGGAAGUUAACAAACAACACGAGGAAGAGGAAAAGAAACAAUUUGAAGAAUUAACAUCAAAAUUAGAAGAGGAAGACCAAAGUGCGAAACUAGAAACUGUGAAGAAACUAAGAGAUGACGAAACCGACGAAAAUAAUAUGUUCGACGCUGAAAAGAAACAAAAGAAAACGGAAAAAGCUGAAACAAAACGCACAGAAAAAGAAGACAGUAUAAAACUUAAAGAACAAAAUAAACAAGAAAAGGAAACGAAAACUGAAGGAGAAGAAGAAAAACUAAAAUUAGAGUCUGAAAAGCAGGAACAGGAAAAAAUAGCAGUAAAAUUAGAGAAGGAAAAGACACGCAAAAACGAAGAAACAUUGGAAAAACAAAAGAAACAAGAGGAUAAAACUCUAAAAGUCGAAGUCGAAAAGGAACAAGCUGCAAAGUUCGAAAAAGAGGACAAACAAAAAGAUGAAGAAGAAAAAUUAAGAUUAGGGGCUGACAGUAACGAAGAACAUAAAAUAAAAGAAAAACAAGAAGCUGAGGCAAAAUAUGAAGAGGAAGCGAAAUUCAAAGUGGAAGCAGAUAAAAGACAAGAAAAAGACGAAGAAAAAUUAGAGGCAGAAAGGGGACAAAAGGACGAAGAAGAAUUACAAAGCAAGAGAAAAUUAGAAAUAGAAAAGAAAGCUAAAGAUGAGGUAGAAGAACAAUCAACACUUGAAGCAGAAAAGAAACAAAAGGAGGAAGAGAAAAAACAAAAGAAAGUAGAUAAAAAACAAAGUGAUAAAGAAGAAGAACAGAAAGUAGACAAAACAAAAAUAGAAGAAGAAAAGAAAAGCAAAGAGGAAGAAAAAACUAAACUUGAAGGUGAAACUGAACUCAAAGAUGAUGAAAUGAGACGCAAAGAAGAAGAAGAAAAGACAAAUCUAGAAGCGGAAAGGACACAUAAAGAAGAAAAAUCUCAAUUAGAAGCUGAAAAGAAACGCAAGGAUGAAGCAGAAGAAAGAAUAUCAAAACUAGAAGAGGAAAAGAAACGAAAAGAGGAAGAAAAGGUUCAAGAGAGAGCGGAAAACAAACGUAUAGAAGAUGAUAAACAGGCGAAGUUAGAAGCUGACAAGAAACUGAAGGAGGAAGAGGAAAACAUUAAACUAACAGCUGAAACUCAAUUCAAAGAGCAAGAAGAAAUGUCAAAACUAGAGAGUGAAAAGAAACACGGAAAAGAGGAAGGAAGAGCGAAAGUAGACGCUGAGAAUAACCGCAAAGAGGAAGAGGGAAAGGCAAAACUCGAAGCUGAAAUUCAAAGCAAGGAUGAUGAAAAGAAACAAAAGAAAGCGGAAAAGAAACGAAAGGACGAAGAGAAAACUAAACUGAAAACUGACAAUCAACUGGAAGAACAAGAGAAAAAAUUAAAAUUGGAAGCUGAAAAUAAACACAAAGAAGAGGAAGACGGGGCAAAAGUAGAAACAGAAAAUAAACGCAAAGAGGGAGAAAAAGAGGCCAAACUAGAAACAGAAAAUAAACGCAAAGAGGCAGAAGAAACAGCGAAACCAGAAGCUAAGAAUAAACUUAAGGAGGAGGAGGAAAAGGCAAAACUAGAAGCAGACAAUAAACGUAAAGAUGAAGAAAAGAAACAACAGAAAGCAGAGGAGAAACGAAAUGACGAAGAAAAGACUAAACUGGAAGCUGAACAGAAACAGAAGGAGGAAGAAGAAAAAGUAAAAUUAGAAGUUGAAAACAAACGCAAAGAAAAGGAAGUUAACGCAAAACUAGAAGCUGAGAACAAACGUAAGGAGGAAGAGGAAAGAGCCAAACUUGAAGCUGAAAAGAAACUUAAAGAGGAGGAAGAAGAAAGGGAAAAAUUAGAUGCAGAAAAUAAACGCAAAGACGAAGAAAAGAAGCAAAAGAAAGAUGAAAAGAAACAAAAAGAAGAGAAAGCUAAACUGGAAGCUGAACAGAAACACAAGGAGGAAGAAGAAAAAGCAAAACUAGAAGCUGAAAACAAACGCAAAGAACAGGAAGAAAACGCAAAACUAGAAGUUGAUAACAAACGUAAAGAGGAAGAGGAGAGAGCAAAACUUGAAGCUGAAAAGAAACGUAAAGAGGAGGAAGAAGAAAGGGCAAAACUAGAUGCAGAAAUUAAACGCAAAGAUGAAGAAAAGAAGCAAAAGAAAGCUGAAAAGAAACGGAAAGAGGAAGAGAAAGCUAAACUAGAAGCUGAACAGAAACAGAAACAGAAAGAGGAAGAAGAAAAAGCAAUACGAGAAGCAGAAAACAAACGCAAAGAACAUGAAGAAAACGCGAAACUAGAAGCUGAGAACAAACGCAAGGACGGAGAGGAAAAAGCCAAACUUGAAGCUGAAAAGAACCGUAAAGAUGAAGAGGAAAAGGCAAAAGUAGAAGCUGAAAAUAAACGCAAAGAAGAAGAAGAAAACGCAAAACUAAACGAUGAGAAAAAACGCAAGGAGGAAGAGGAAAGAGCUAAACUUGAAGCUGAAAAGAAACGUAAAGAAGAAGAAGAAAAGGCAAAACUAGAUACAGAAAAUAAACGAAAAGAUGAAGAAAAGAAACAAAAGAAAGCUGAAAAGAAACGAAAAGAGGAAGAGACAGCUACACUAGAAGCUGAACAGAAACAGAAGGAGGAAGAAGAAAAAGCGGAAAAGAAACGAAAAGACGUAGAAAAGGUUAAACUUGAAGCUGAACAGAAACAGAGAGAGGAAGAAGAAAAAGCAGAAAAGAAACGAAAGGACGAAGAAAAGGUUAAACUUGAAGCUGAACAGAAACAGAAAGAGGAAGAAGAAAAAGCAGAAAAGAAACGAAAGGACGAAGAAAAGGUUAAACUUGAAGCUGAACAGAAACAGAAAGAGGAAGAAGAAAAAGCAGAAAAGAAACGAAAGGACGAAGAAAAGGUUAAACUUGAAGCUGAACAGAAACAGAAAGAGGAAGAAGAAAAAGCAGAAAAGAAACGAAAGGACGAAGAAAAGGUUAAACUUGAAGCUGAACAGAAACAGAAAGAGGAAGAAGAAAAAGCAGAAAAGAAACGAAAGGACGAAGAAAAGGUUAAACUUGAAGCUGAACAGAAACAGAAAGAGGAAGAAGAAAAAGCAGAAAAGAAACGAAAGGACGAAGAAAAGGUUAAACUUGAAGCUGAACAGAAACAGAAAGAGGAAGAAGAAAAAGCAGAAAAGAAACGAAAGGACGAAGAAAAGGUUAAACUUGAAGCUGAACAGAAACAGAAAGAGGAAGAAGAAAAAGCAGAAAAGAAACGAAAGGACGAAGAAAAGGUUAAACUUGAAGCUGAACAGAAACAGAAAGAGGAAGAAGAAAAAGCAGAAAAGAAACGAAAGGACGAAGAAAAGGUUAAACUUGAAGCUAAACAGAAAGAGCAAGAAGAAAAAGCAGAAAAGAAACGAAAAGAGGAAGAAAAAACUAAACUAGAAGCCGAACAGAAACAAAAGAAUGAAGAGAAAGCUAAACGAGAAGCUGAAAAGAAACGCAAAGAAGAGAAAGAAAAUGCAAAACUAGAAUCUGAAAAGAAACAGAAAGGGGAUACAGCAUUACUGGAAGCAGAAAAGAAACGCAAAGAAGAGGAAGAAAAUGCAAAACUAGAAGCCGAAAAUAAACGCAAAGAUGAAGAAAAGAAACAAAAGAAAGCAGAGAAGAAACGAAAGGAGGAAGAGAAAGCUAAACUUGAGGCUGAACAGAAACAAAAGGAGGCAGAGGAAAAGGCAAAAUUAGAAGCUGAAAAGAAACAGAAAGAGGAUACAGUAUUACGGGAAGCAGAAAAGAAACGAAUAGAAGAGGAACAAAAUACAAAACUAGAAGCUCAAUCCAAACUCAAAGACGAAGAAACGAAGCAAAAGAAAGUGGAAAAGAAACGAAAAGAAGAGGAUGAUAAAUCAAAGCUGAUAAAAAUGGAAGCUGAUAAAAAAUGUAAAGAAGAAGAUGAAAGAACAAAGAUCGAAACAGAAAAGAAAGAAAAGGAAGAAAAUAAGAAAUUAGAAGAUGAAAAGAAACGUAAAGAGAAAUUAGAAAAAGAAGAGAAACUUCAAACUAAAACCAAAUCUGAAAAACUACAAAGAGCUGCUGAAAAGAAACGUAAACAAGAAGAGAAGGAAAAGCAAGAACAAGAGGCCAAGGCUCAAAAAGAAAAAGAAGAAAAAGAACGAAAACGCGAAGAAGAAGAAGAACGAUUAAAAGAAAAAGCAAUACUAGAAGCAAAAGCAAAAGAGGAAAUAUCCAAGCAUGAAGAAGAGAUAAAAAGAGAGAGGGAAAAGAAAAGAAUAGAGAAACUAGAAAAAGAAAAUGAAGAGCAAAAAAUACGGGAUGAUGAAAAUAAAGCUAGAUUGGAAAAGAAGAGGAUAGCUAAAAAGAAAAGAGAAGAUGAAGAUGCACGCCUCAAACAAGAAGCCGAGGAAACUGAAAAGGCUAGAAAAGAAACUGCUAGAAAGAGGAAAGAUGAAGAAAAGCUUCGAAUCGCAAAAGAACAGGAAGAACUUGAAAAACGUGAACAAGAAAUAAGAGAAACAGAAAGAAGAAUACGAGAAGAGAGACGACGAGAAAUAGAGAAAGAUUUAAUUGACACUAAACAGAAGCCAUCAACAUCAGAACUUGAAGCUGCAUCGAAAUCGAGACCAAGGAACGGGGACAUUUCUGUAAAGCGAGGAACCGACGAGGAUCAUUACAUAAAAGAAUAUCACUACGAACCAACAAAGGAGAGAUCUCAAGACCGGGCCAAGUUUGUUGAUCACAACCAUAAAGAUUACACGAUGGAAUUUAUCCGACCAUCUGGCUACAGAGAGAAAACGUUUGAGCACGAACGGUUCUCAGAAAGAGAAAGUUUGGGUAAAACAGCAACAAUAUACAAAGCCCAAACUAUAAUUUUGGAUUCACAGUUGCGAUCGUCCGUCCCACCAUUGCCUGAAAGGAGUGAGUCUGAAAGACGGGAGAGGUUUGAUAGAGGUGAAUCUGAGAGACGAGUAGACCGUCACAGAUCUAAGGCUCUAAGCGAAGCUAGGAGUUUAAUAUCGGAGAAGCGUUCUAGCCUCUCCAGGGAUCUGAAGAGAAAACCGGUCUUUUCUACGUACCUUACUGAUCGUACUGCCGUCGAAGGUUCGAGAGUAAAAUUGACAUGCAGUGUUUUGUCCUCAAGUGAUCCUAAAAUCACUUGGUACAGAAAUGGGGUCCUAUUGGACAAUAAAUUAAAGUAUAGGACAAAGUUCAUUGAUGGGUUAAUCACUCUAGAAGUGUUGAAUGCAGUUGUAAGUGAUUCUGCUGAGUACAGCUGCAAUGUAGAGAAUGAGAAUGGAUCAGUCAACACCGCCGCUAAUCUGAAGGUAUACCCCAGCUUCGAAGCUUCCCCUAUACCGCCAACGUUUACAAGAUCUAUUCGUGACACUUACCAUCUUGCUGAAAACGAAUUAGUACUGGAAUGUCGAAUUCGCGGUCAACCUCUUCCCACAAUUACUUGGCUGAAGGAUGAUAGACCAGUAUCCACUAACGAGAGAUACCAGGCUUACUACUUAGCUGAUGGAGUCUGUAGGUUGGCGAUCAGCUCACCAACACCAGAAGACAGUGGAAAAUACACCUGCAAAGCUGAGAACUCAGUGUGGAGUGAUCAAAUAACGCAUGUUGUUAACUUUACCGGAAAAGAAAGUCGUUUAAGUCCAAACAUCGCCACAAUAGAACGCUCCCGUUUCAACCGGCAAGCGAUGGAGUCGCGGCGUCCUCACUUUACCAACGUACUAUCCGACUAUAAGGUCGCGAAAGGUGGCACUAUAGGGCUCCAGGUGGAGAUCAGAGGCUGUCCUACCAGGGUAGAAUGGCUGAGAGAAGGUCGAUGUGUCACUGAAGUGUACAGAAACGCGAGGACAUUCGUUGAACAAGGUUUAUAUACACUAGCAUUAUCCGAUGUGACGGAGAAGGAGUCAGGGAUGUACACCUGCAGGGCUUGGAGUACGCAUGGCAAUGUUGACAUGAAUGCUGCGAUUACUGUGGUGGCGAAUGAAGUGGAAGGCAAACCUGCUAUCAUCGCUGGAAGACCAGACAAGGAUAUUCUCAUUUCUGUGGGUGAAGACAUCAAUAUUUCCUUCAGAGUCCAGGGCGAGCCGAAGCCUAAAGUGGUCUUCAUGAAAGGCAUUCGAGACAUCACGACGAGCCAGCGCGUGUGUAAGAUGACGUCAGAUGACUACGUGAAAUUUACGCUGAAGCGGUCUGUGGUGUCUGACGCUGGUACCUACUGCAUACUCGCGAGGAACGCGUAUGGCUGCGACCGGGCCUUUGUUACUGUUGUGGUGAGACAGCGAGCAUCAUCGGAUAACUUAAUAUCUGACUGGACGUAUCCCAUGGAUGAUGCAGCCGUGUCAGUCGCUGAGAGGAAGUAUAAAUCCGUGCCGGACCGCAUCCCGGGUGAGCCGAGCGUCGUGGACGGAGGCAACAACUGGGUCUCUCUCGCCUGGCCGAAAGCUGACCCUCGCGACACCGCUCCAGUCCUCGCCUACAAGAUAGAAAGCUGGCUUCUGGGAAAAGAAGGUGGCGCGCGCUGGGUUGAACUUGGAAUCACACCUCUGAACUCUUUCGAUGCCUUCAACUUGAAGCAAGGAGAGGAAUACCACUUCCGAGUAACGCCUAAGAACAGAUACGGGUGGGGAGAGUCUGUUCAGACUUCCGCUCCGGUUGGCAUCGGCCUGGCUGGUGACAGGCCGGAGUUCGUGGACAUUUUGCCAGGACAACUGAAGGUGUUAGCUGGCGAGACGGCGAACCUAAGCUGUAGUGUUAAGGGCAAACCUUUGCCUGAAAUAGUUUGGAUGAAGAAUGGGCACGAGAUCGAGGAAGAGAGCCGGGUGACGACGUUGUACAACGGUCAAGACUGUUCGUUGACCAUCAAGGACAUUUGCAUCGAGGAUGAGGCGCGGUACAGCUGCGAGGCGUCUAAUGUCCACGGCAGGGCGUCCACGUACGCCAGGCUGGCAGUUGUUACCGACAGACUGAUAUGGGAAGCCGAUGCUAAACUUAAGAGAGAGCGGUCACAAGAUGCCGAGGGAGACUACCCACCACAGUUCACAAUGCGGCUUCGAGACCGGCGGGUCCAAGCGACCUACCCGGUCCGAUUGACUUGUCAGGUCGUCGGCAACCCUCCACCGACACUCACGUGGUUCAAAGAUGGAGAAUUACUAGUAUUUGAUAGUCGCCGCACAAACUACCAAGACGAGCACUUCCACACAUUGGAGAUAGCCCCCACCACCCUGGAGGAUGGAGGGGUUUACGAGGCCAUGGCAAGGAACAGCUCCGGAGCCGUCAGCUGCCGGUGCAGUCUCGUCGUGGACAAAGGCAUCAGGGCAUACGUUGCUCCUGAGUUCUGCUGCGGUUUGGAACCAUUGUACAGACUGUCUGAAGGCGAAGAACUCAGAAUAUCAGCCGUUGUAGAAGCCUACCCGUCAGUUGGAGUGACCUGGUACCGCGAUGGAGUCCGCUUACGACCGAGUCGACGAGCCAUCAUGACAUUAGACCGUGAUGGUCAGAUAGAACUGGCUUUAGCAGCUAUUACUGGAAGGGAUGCUGGAGUUUACACCUGCACAGCUUCCAAUGAAGUAGGACGAGCUUCCACAUCGGGGAAGGUUGAAGUGAUUGAAGGAGACCAGCCUCGAGAGAAGCGAACGCCACCGGUUGUGAUCAAUGCGCCUGAUGAACCAUAUUCAAAGGAACCAAUGUUCAUUCGAAAGCCGCGGUCAAGUGAAGCCCGGGAAGGAGACACUGUCAUCAUAGCUUGUGAAGUCAUCGGAGACCCGAAACCUGACGUCUACUGGUUGAGAGACUUCCUUAAGCCGGACUAUUACCGUGAUGCGACACAUUUCAAGAGAGUUGGUGAUGGACCAGAGUAUCGGUUUGAAAUACCUCACGCCAAACUGGAUUACACAGGAGCCUACUCAGUAGUCGCCAGGAAUGUCCAUGGAGAAGCUAAAGCGAUUAUCUCGCUGCAGAUAUUGGCUAAAGAUCCUUCGUCGACUGACGAUUCGCACAACGUGAGAUAUGGCCGCGUGGAUGUGAUACCUCGUUUCGAGAGGGAGCUGACGGACUUACUGUCGUAUGACGGUGAUGCAGUGGAAUUUGAAUGCCACGUCUCCGGCAAUCCUGAACCAGACAUCAGGUGGUUCCAUUACAAUGAGUUAAUACGUGACUGUCCGGACUUCGAAUCUACAUUUGAAGAAGGUGCCGCUCGGCUAAAGAUCACGCAAGUUACUGCUGAGGAUGAAGGCACCUACUCCUGCGAGGCUGCCAACAACCUCGGCAAGGCCACGUCUAGUGCUUGCCUCGUAGUCUAUCCUCCAGGAGAACCGAAUACGCUCAGUCAGCGGCUGCGACGUCCUCCAGCACUGCUUUCUGCUGCUUCCACUCCACGUUCUACUCCACGAAGCACGCCUGCCAGAUCGGUCUCCAGAACACCAGGUCCUGACGCCCGCCGUCUAUGCAGUCCGUCUAGACAAAUGGCGCCCUCAUUCUACACGUACCCCUUCAACAAGGUGGUCGAAGAGGGAGACCACGUCACAUUCAAAUGUGCGGUCAAAGGACAACCGUCUCCUUGGACUACUUGGGACAAAGAUGGCAUCAUUAUCACCCCAUCAGCCAGAAUAACUAUGAAAGAAAAGGAUGACAUGUUGAGAACCCUUGAGAUUGAGCAGGUUUCCAUUGAAGAUGUGGGGAUUUAUAGGAUUACUAUUGAGAAUGAGUUCGGGAGGGCUGAGGCGACUGCAAGGUUGGAGGUUAUAACGCAGAAGGGCAAGUUCUAUGGUGGUGUGCGGGCGUACAGUGCGUCACCGAGGAAGUCCCUUACAUACAGGAGGUACCCGUCCGUGCCCAGACAAGACUGAAGACCAAGUUCGGUAUGAUCAUGAAAGGAAACACCACGUGUGAAGAUAUAUAUUUAUGAUAAAUAUAUUUAUUUGUUUUUUUUCUUUUUAUUGUAAUUUAUUUUCUCUGCAUUUUAUUUAUGACUAUUUUACUAUUAUGACCUAACUUUGUUCUAACAAAGUUGGAAAUGUUAAGUUUUUGUUUUUUUCUGUUUGUCUAUUUAUAAGUUUAAAGUAAUGAAAGAAGACGAACACAUUUUAGUGAUUACAUAAUGUAUUUUCGUUCACAUUUAGAUUUUAAAGAAAAUUUGUACAACCACAUAUAUAUUAACAAUCAUCUUUAUACAUUAUAACAUUACCUAUUUAUAUAUAGUACACAUAAUUCUACAUCUUACUUAUAUACUGGCAAAGUAACG